AUGCGAGAGAAGCUGACGCCGUAUUCCUUCACUGCCAGCUGGCAGAAAGGAUCCGACCACCGCAUACCGGAUGCGCUGUCACGCGCUUCAACCAGCGACCCGACCGCCGACGAUGAGGUUUCAGAGGACGCGGCGGACCCGCUCUACGCAGCUGUAAUCGCAGCUCUGCACGCUGAGCGGGCGUCCGAGGACGGUGCGCGGCUAGCGCCGCUCGUGGACCCCAGUCUGGAGAGAAUCCGAGCCGCCGCCGACCGCGACCCUGAGUACGAGUCCCUGCGAGAGGCAGUCUUGCAUGGAUUCCCGGAGCACCGGCACGAGGCGCCACCCGCCGUCCGCCCAUACUGGGGCGUGCGGAGCAUGCUGGCGCUGGACGGCGGUCUGAUCGUCCACGGCCCUCGACUGUCACACCAGGGGAUCGAGAGGACGAAACGCCGUGCCCGUCUCUGUGUGUACUGGCCGGGCGUCGACCGUGACGUCACCAACGUGGUGUCGUCCUGCCCGCGCUGCCCGCAGUUGGCGGCGAGCCACGCUAACGAGCCGCUGUGGCAGGAGGACGACCAGCCGAGCCGGGUGUUUGAGUCGGUUUCGGCAGACUAUUUCCACGUCGCCGGCCGGACGUACCUGGUCUACGCCGAUCGACUGUCCGGCUGGCCGUACAUCUUCACCUGCCCGAGGACAGCAUCGGCCGAGCACCUGACUCGGGAGCUGCGUGCGCUGUUCGCACAGACUGGAGUCCCGACGGUUCUCCGUACGGACGGCGGACCGCAAUUCACGUCGGAAACUCUGCGCCGUUUCCUGAUCCGAUGGGAGGUGCGCCACGUCAUCUCGUCGCCGCACUACCCGCGGUCAAACGGCCACGCCGAGGCGGCUGUCAAGGCAGCAAAGAAGCUCGUCAUUACGGUCUCCAUGGGCGGCCAGCUGGACGAGGAGCUGCUGAGCCGGGGCCUGCUGGAGCUGAGGAACACGCCGCGCGCAGACGGCCGAUCACCGGCACAGGUGUUGUUCGGACACCCGAUCCGGUCGGGCGUGCCCACGCACCACCACGCGUUCGCGCCCGAGUGCAAGCGCGCCGCCGCCGAGUGCGAACUGAAAGCCGCUGUAACCCGGGAAGCGGUCACACGCCGCCACGACGCGACAGCGCGCCCGCUGUCGCAGCUCAACAUCGGCAGCCGGGUCGACAUCCAGGACACCGAUAGCGGCCGCUGGGACCGCCCCGGUGUCGUGGUGGGGAUCGGCCGGCGCCGCACCUACCUGGUGAAGACGGGCAGCGGGCGGCUGUACUGGAGGAACCGGCGGUUCCUGCGGCCGUACCGACCCUGCUGGACACUGCAGCGCCACACGCCGCCAGUCCGCCCCGCACGACAGCAGCCGCGCCUGCCGCAGCCCCAGCAGCACCAGCGGAGACGAUCUCUGCCGCCGCGGGAGCAGCACCGAGCGCGCCGCCGUCGCCGCAGGCCGCGCCGCGCCGCAGCGGCCGCGUGCACCAGCCCCCCAGGCGCCUGUCCCCCCCGCACGGCUGCUGGCCGUGCCGGCGCGCGCCUCUGCCACUCACACCGCUGGCCGUCCCAGCUCGGCGCCUGCAAGCGCCUCUGCCGCCGCCAGCUGACGGUGCGCGCCGAGCGGCACGGCUGGCGCGGGUGA